AGCCGCUCUGCCACUCUGUGCUUGUCAGGUUGCCUGUGAGGCUACUACUGUAUCAUCAUGUGAGGCAGCUGGAAUGUGAUAGAGAGCCAGACUGCCAAGGAGGUGACACCAUCACCAGGGAGUGAGAGUUGCCCUGGACCAUUUCUGCUUCUGAUCGCUGCCUCCUGCACCUAGCCUUCUCAGUUUGUUUUGCUGUGUUGUGUGUAUGUGAGAGAACAGUGUGUGUCUGUGUGGAUAUGUGUGUGUGACACAGAGAGAAACACAGCCGCAGCGGAGGAAGGAGGAGCCAAGCAACUAGGGAGGGAGCUGGAUGCUCGCAGGUUGCCGUGACAGCACCACAGCCUGCUGUUUCUAGUGACGACUGAUGCAAGAAUGUGUGUCUGAACUGUUCUAGGGAGGGGGAACCAGUGGUUGUCUGUGUCCAGCCCAGCUUGCAGUGUCCUGGGUGCCCCUUCUGUGCCUGUCUAUCUGUCCGUCACUGAGGUUGGAGGUGGCCCUUGCUUUUUUACAACGCGGUACUCAGUCACUGGAAGAUGGUCAACCUCCUCCUCUUCCUCCUCAUGCGUCCCUGUGAUCUCCAACAGAAGCAGCAGCACUACCAGGCUCUCUCCUCUGUCAUGCUCUGUACCACUGGGGGCUCUAUGGUGCUAAGCUCCGGGUGAUCCUGUUUACCUGCAGCUCAGCCCCCUCUCCUCCCUCCUAGCCUGUGUGGUGGACAGGACUGAACACCCACUAGUGUGGUCAACCUCUAGGUUACCUUGGUCUGACCCCAGCACUACCCAGCCACUUGCUUUCUGCUCCACUGCCAGUGAAAAACAAUGACUUCUCAAGAGGAGGAAGCAUCGUUCAGCAGGUUCUUCCAGUAUGUGGAGGACAGUGGACUCAGGGCCUAUGACGGACUGGUCAUCCAGAAUGCCUCUGACAUCGCCCGUGAGAGCGACCGCGUCCGCAAAGAGACCAACUGGGCCUACCUUCAGGAGAAACACGAUAAGAAGAGAAGACAGGAAGAAGCCAUAAAGAGGAUCGGUGAGGAUGUGGCGAGGGUGACGGAGGGAAGCUACGCAGGGAAACACUUCCGCAUGGGCUUCAUGACCAUGCCGGCACCCCAGGACCGCCUUCCCUCCUCCUGUGGCCAGGGCUUCACUGUGCGUUCCCAGUCUCUACACUCUGUCGGCGGGGGUGAUGAGGAUGGGAGCCCCAACUCCCGUAAGCUACCGCCGCCCAAACCCAAGAGAGACCCCAACACCAAGCUCAGCAUCUCCUCUGAGGGUGUGAACUCUGGAUCUGCCUCCAGCAAUUGCAACAGAGACAGCCUGGUCAAGUUUGACCGAUCCAAGUCGCGACCUUUCAGUGAGGAGUACAAGCGGAUCCCUCCUCCCAAGCCAAAGAGGAACCCUAACACGCAGCUGAGUACCUCCUUUGAUGAGUCCUACAUCCAGAAUCAUGGCAACAGGAAGGAAGGAAGGAGGGAAAAGUCCUCAUCGCAGAGCCAGAGCCCAGCCCCAGAUACGGAGGACGAGGACGAGCCUGUCUACAUCGAGAUGGUGGGUAACAUUCAGAGGGAACUGAAGCAACGCCUCCUGGAGGACGAGGACCAGAGUGAGUCGGUCUACGAGGAAAUGAAAUACCCCAUGUUCGACGACAUGCUCCAGGACGCUAAGUGGGAACAGGACAUGGAGCAGGGUCGUUCCUCCUCCUCUCACACCACCCCCCGGGGGUCCCUCUGUGACAUCCCCGCCCCCUUCCCCAACCUGCUCACCCAUCGGCCGCCCUUGCUGGUCUUUCCGCCAGCCCCUGCCCAGUGCUCGCCUAACUCGGAUGAGUCACCCCUCACUCCGCUGGACGUCACAAAGCUGCCCAUGCUGGAGAAUGUUGCCACUGGGUACACCAACAAGCCCGGGGGAGGUGCCUCUCCCACGACCUCUGAGGCUCCGCCCCCCUCCUCCUCCCCCCACCACCGCAAGGGGGAGAGAGACAGAGACAGGAAACGAGAACGGGAGAAGGAGAAGGAUAGAGAGCGGGAUCUCCAAUUCACCCACACUAUCACUGCGUCUGGUCGCUCCUCUGCCCCUCCCCUGCCCUCCACUCUCUACAAGGCAUCGGCGUCGGCUCAUGGGUAUCCCAGAAGCCAUUCCGCGUGUCCCUCACCUGUAAGCAUGGGCCGCUCGAUCACACCACUCAGCCUCAAGCGUCCACCACCUUAUGACGCCCUGAAGAUAGGUGGCAGCAUGCCCCGAUCCACCUCCUCCGUUGCGCAUGCCGCCAAGAGCUCAGUUGGUCAGGAAGGGGGAGGCAAACUGAGUAACUCUUCUUCGGCCCACAGCUCCAUGCAGAAUGUGUCGCGUUCCCGCACCCCUACAAGCCCUCUGGAUGAACUCACCAACCUGUUUACUGGUGGCCGGAAUAUGCUAAAGAAGGGAUCGGGAGGGAGGAAGGUCAAGGAGUCCGCUGAAUGUGAGGCCAAGACCAGGAGCCACAGUACAGAACCUCUAUCUAGGCACGAGAGCAAAGCUCACCACGGAGGCAGCCAGGAGUCUCCCAAAUCCCAGGAGUGGGAUGGACCCUCCGGACAUUCAUCCAACCCCACUGCCAUGCCCAGCCGCCUGGGACGCUCUUCUGUCAGCCCCACCAUGAUGCUGGGGAGUGGGGUCACAGAAUCCAAAGCGGUGUGUAAGCUGGGCCGGUCAGCCUCUACAUCGGGGGUUCCUUCCCCGUGCGGGACUCCCCAGCACCAGCCCUCCGAGCCCCAGACAGGCUAUAGUCAGGUACCGCCGCAUGCCACCACAGAAUAAGAGAGCAAGCUAGAAAGAAAGUGCUUGUGAGCCCAUGUGGGGCCCUUGUCCCUGUCUCUCUGUGUUCACCUGUGUGUCGGCUGUCUGACCCCAUCCCCAAAUUGUAUUUUCAUCACCCCGUAGCACCAUCCCCCUGUCACCUGUCCAACCACUAUGUAGCUGUUUUGUCUCGUCUGUAUUGCAUUUAUCCAGGGUCACUCUGCUUAUUUGUGUUUUGUUUUUGUGGAGACAUCUUCAUCCUGUGGUAUUUCAAGUUAAAUGGUAUACUCAUAUAUACAGACAUCAAACCUCAGUGAUAUAAUAAUCUGUUUCCAUCUCAGGACAAGGAGCCAGGGCAAACUUUCUUCCUCCCUCCUCCUUUUACUUUUAACACUAUACCUACCUGUCCCUCCUUAAUUUAGCUGGCCCUUACUUACUUCAGCUAAUCCCUUCCCUUUGUACACUGACUGAAUCUUCCAAUUUACUGGAACCGUACCACUGCACUUUGACCUUACCUCCACCUGUGCCUUUAGCUGGCCCUUAACCUGGACUUCGAUCUGGUCCAUAACUGGCACCUUCCAUCUUCCCUUUUCUUUUACCUCUAUGACCAUCUAUGCUAUAACCUGACCCUUUAAUCUAAACAUUGAUCAGGACUUUGACCUAUGCCUGGCAUUUUAACUGUUCUGUCUUUUACACAGCAUUUUACCUGCUUUUC